UAAUCAGCUCCUUUGCCGGAAUUGUUUCGUCUUUGUUUAGAAAUGACUGACAACGUCAAAGUUGGAAUCGAUGGAGCGGUGUUAUAAGUAUUUAGGAAUUAUCAAAAAUAACGAUGAAGUGAUUUGCACCGGAACUUUGUUAAGCCAAGAUUGGGUUUUAACCUCGGAACAAUGUUGUUUGGAUUUGAACCCAAAAACGGCGCACGUUGGAUUUGGUUUGUUGAUUUGGAGAGAAACCAAUUUUAUUUCGAAAAUAUUAAGCGUUGUUUUCAAUCAGGAUCUUUGUCUGAUUAAGUUAAAAGAAAGCAUUUUGGAAAAUCGCGUUAUCAAAUAUGGGAAUGUUACAGAUAGUUAUGAAAUAGCAAAUUGCGACAUCUCAUUUAUGGCUAGGUUAGAAAAAAAUACUCGAAACAACGAGCGAAGUGUUAAAUGCGAAAAAAUGGUUGCCGUGGAAAAGAGUGAGUGCGGAAAAAUCAACGAUGACUUUGGAUGUACCAAAAACGCAUUUUCUUCAAUAACCGCAGAUUGCAUCUUAAACAGGGGUGGUCCAAUUAUGUGCAACGACAACGUACAAAUAGGAGUAAUCACCAAGAUUUUAGGUUGUGACGAAAAAGGAUAUCUAAUUGGGUACACAACACUCAAAAAGCACCUCCUUUUCAUUCAAAGAGUUAUCAACGGAACCAUCUCAAUCAAAAAUUUAAACUUAAGAUCAUCAUCCCAACAAAUCAGAAUGAGUAUAAAACGAUUUUUUUUAAAAUCUGCAACGGCAGAACCCGCCCGAACAUGA